AUGAAUAGCGAAGCUAAUGACAGUACGGAUGCAACAGUGGGUAUUGAGAACUCUGAGACCGUAGAAUCCAUCGCAGAAACUUCAGGGGAGAGCCGUACGGAUAGAAUUCGUAGGCUGAAUAGAGAAAGACAGAGACGAAGGCGCGAAAAACUGAGGAUGUCACGCCAGAGUGAAGCGCCAUCGACAACCAGUAACGACGUGGACCCGAGCAACGAUGUUGACUUGCUGUCUGAGGGUUGUGCGAUCGUAGAGGUGACGCUACCGUUAAAAGUCGAGACAGAAGUUCCAGAAGAAACGGAGGAGAAGCCGACUCCAAAGACUACGAGGCCGAAAAGAUCAACAAGAACACGGCAAAAAAUAUCAAGGCGAGAAGCGACCGCGGAGCAAACUACUUCGGACACAGUGUCUUCGGCAAACAACGCCAUUUCACCACCAUGUCACGAAAAUAACUCGAAAUAUGAUGGCGCUUCAGAAGAAAGCACAGUUCUUGUCGUCGCUAGCGAAGUAGAAGUGGUUGAUGAAAAGCCUCAAGAAAACGGAACGGAGGAACCUGCUGAAACUCCAGAAAGUAAAGCAGACGGCAAAAGGAGACGUCUACGUGAGUCAACGAAGAGACAAACAGACAAAUCGCCUGAAGACGUCGCGACAAAGCGAGUUGUUAGAGAGCGUGAAAAAAGGAAAAUGCAUGAUUUGCCCGAUGAGGUCACGGCCAGACGUGAGAAACAACGCGAGUUAAAAAGGAAACAGAAAGAGCGAAUGAGCAAUGAGCAGAUUGAGGCGCUGAGAGCGAGAUAUCGUGAAUGGCGGCGAAAACGAAAGGAAACCAUGACGAGCGAACAACUGGAGGUAAUUCGGAAAGGAAAUCGGGAAAGGCAACGAAGACGGCGUGAGCGAUUAGGUAUCAGAAAGCGGUCAACAACACCGCAGACGAAAGGGGCUAGCGAAGCAGUGAUACAAGGCAUUAAGAACAAGCAAGCACAGAUUAUUAAACCGCUGGAAUCGAAUCUAACUCCCGAAGCAAGCCUUGUAGCCGCCGUAAACCAGGUCGCUUCGCUGAACAGCGUCGAAGCAGCAUCGGCAGCCGCCUCUUUGAUGCCUAAUCCCUCUCGAAUUGAGGGCCCUGUCGCUGUCACAGUGGAAGUGAAUCCAGGGGCCCCUGGAAUGACACCUAAUGUUGCCCAAAAUACACAGACCGUCGUAGGACAGCCGCCUUCUUCAGCCGGGCAGAUUUUAAGUCUUCCUGUCACAUCAGCAAAUGUAACACAAGGUUCGUUGCCUCCCGGAAUGCCCAUGCUUGGCCCUCAAGGAACUAUUCUACAAGGUCUGCCACCUGGAUCGGGAACUCUUUACAGCAUGUCAAUGCCAGGAAUUCAGGGGACAUUGUUGUCUGGAGUGCCUGUUACUGCUGGACAAGCUGCAGUGCAAGGAAACAAUGUUGCUGGAAUGCCUUUCACAGGAAUGCAAGGUCUUGUGCCGGGGAUGACUGCUCAGGGUGCAUUUCUGCCAGCGUCACAGGCUGGAGUCCUUCCGGGAAUGCAGACAUUUAGCAGUAUGGCGCCAACCAUGACCAAAGAUGGGCAGAUCUUACACAGCAUCUCCACGCUUCUUCCCAUAGCUCCAAUGCAGGGCAUUCAAGGAACAGGCCAAAGUGUGGCCUUUCUUGCACCCAUGCCUAUUGCUGGUCCCACUGGUCAGGUGCAAGCCUUUCAGGACGUGAGAGGAGCAGUAGCUACACCAAUCAAGGCCCAAAGUCCUGGAACAGGAACAAUGGUCGCUUCUGUACCAAUAGCAGAGAGUGUCACAGCGGAAACAGUUGCUGUUGUAGCUCCAGGAGAUGGAAGUGAUACAAGUGGGCAAGAUUCCAAAGUAAAAACUGCAGAACAACCCAAACCCAGAGGAAGGAGAGGUCGUAAAAGAACCACUUCUGCUGCUGAGAUGCUAGCUAACCUGAGCAACCUACCUCCAAUGAGCACUCCUAUGUCCUCAAUGCUAUCUGCCCUGGCUUCGCAGGUCAGAGAGAAUUCACAUUCUUCUGUAGUGACGGUAGAAAAAGACAGUGAGCCACCAGCCAAGAGAGCUGCAGGUGAUGCUUCCCAGGUCCCAGCAGUGAAAAGAGCGCCCCCUCAAAAUUUGAGCCAGUUGGCAGUCAUGGCUGGAAAUGUACCCUCUACCGGGCCCAACACAGUUACCUAUACAGAGAGUACUUUUCCUGUUUCAAAUUCUGGUGCUAAAAUUCCUCACAUGAGUACAUUUCUCAAUCCCAUGGGUGGCGGUCAGAUUCCAAGUAUGGGUGUACCAUUUGCCAGGCCUGUGAAUACCUUUCCUCCUGGGGUACAGGCCAUGCCCGGUCAGUUCUUUGCCCCAAAAGUGUCAGUUGGUGUUGCAACAGAGGAGAUCAGUAAAACAACAGUAGGCACUAACACUGAAAGCAGCAACCAUGUGGAAAACAAUGGGAUUUACCAAUCAGCCGCAAUGUCAUCCAUAGGUACUAUGACUGACUCAUUGUACAAAGUUUCUGUCGGGACUUUGACAGGACAGAACAAUGACCAACCACUCGAUGGCAACACAAAUUGUAACACUGAGACUGUCCUAGGAGACAGUUUAACUGUAGUUCAAGUUGAUGUCAUUGCACCCAAGGAAACUACAACUGUGGUCCACCCACAAGAAAUCAGUCCAGAGGAAAUAUUGCAAGAGGCCUUAAACCCGGAGCAGAUUGAACCAGUUGUUCAACCACUCAAUGGCAACACAAAUUGUAACACUGAGACUGUCCUAGAAGACAGUUUAACUGUAGUUCAAGUUGAUGUCAGUGCACCCAAGGAAACUACAACUGUGGUCCACCCACAAAACAUCAGUCCAGAGGAAAUAUUGCAAGAGGCGUUAAACCCAGAGCAGAUUGAACCAGUGGUUGUUAUACCAGAGGAUGUAGUUGAAGAAGUGGUAGAGGUAGCUGAAGUAGCAAAGAUCACGCCCAUUGGAGAUGCUAUGUAACAUGGGGAUGCAUUCAGGACAAACUUGAUGGUAAAUAAUAUUACUGUGAUUAUUCUGAACUUAGUAGAGGUUAUUUAGGUCAAGUUAAAAGCCUAGAACUUGACAAUGAUUCCUCCUUUGUAUCAAGAGAACCAUAAGGCCCAGGUAAAAGAUUAAACUUCACAUGCAAUGAACUUAACUCUAACAAGCAAAAUUUAUUGUUCUCUCUCAUUAGUAUUAGGUUCAUCAAAUGUUACAGUACUACUCAAAAGUAUGUUGACAGUCACUUGCGCCUCGAUUCUUGAAUCUUCAAACUUUCAAGAAUUGAGUCUCGAAUGUUGAGAUUCAAUUCUUGAGUUUCAAGAGUCGAGUCGAGAAAUAUAAUGACUUUGUCACUUGAUUGAUUUCUCGAGGAUCAAAUUCACCAAACAGACCGCACUCUGGUUUAAAGGAUUGUAAAGUACACGCUGCGGAAUGUGACAAACCACUUUUGCAAGCCUCUCUUUCUUUCCUGUCCCUAGGAAAAUUUUGUGCAAUUUAAGGGACCAGUUAAAGAAUUUUAGUCAUGGAGGUGGCACUUUUAUGAACUUAAAUUUUCGUUAUUAGAAAAUUAUAUUGUGUGAGUAGGCGGUGCUUCUCUGGCAACUAUAUGGUGAUUUUUGGAGAACGCAGACAGUACUGUUUAUUGUGGUGUACAAGAUUUGUUAUGAUAAUUGAGUCCACAGGUGAAAUCCAACUGUGCAUCUUUUGCAGGUCAAAAUUAUUAUUAUCAGGUUAAAAUUUUUUAACUUAGGUUGAUUCUCAAUUUCCUUUGUCUCCUAGCCCUAAUUAUUCAUGAAGUAGACCAGGAGACAAAGAAAAUUGAUAAUCAACCGAGGUCAAAAAGUCUCAACCUGAAUUUAAUUUUGACCUCUAACAUAUCCACUGAACAUAGCCAUGACGUGUGGAAACUAGGGAUAAGUGUGGUAAACUUUCAUUGUAUGGAAAUGAGACUCAUGACAAGCAUGCUGUUUAUUUUUGGCAAUGAUGUAAUUUUCGUAUGUUUAUACAGGCAGACUUAGUCAAUUCAGAAACAAAUCCCUGAGAACAAUUUAAGAAGUAAAUAUCCUGAAGAUUACUUGACCGUUGAUAAAAAAGGACUUUGAAAAACUUAUUCUUGGUUUUCACAUGAUGUCAUCAAAAUUCAAACUAAGAAACUAUCGCUUCUUCUGAGUUUCUACUUUCAUGUGAUACGAGACCACCUUAGAACCUUUAUACAAACAAAUUUUUGGUUCAAAAGGGUUCUUUGUUUUGCGAUACAGGACGCAUGAAUUUCUAGGCUUUUGCGUGAUGCGGCAUUUGGCUGGUGGCCAGGAAAGCUAUUAUGUGGGUUAAAAACAUUACAGAUUAUUGGAGAUUUUGCUAUCUAAACAUUCCUUGUCUUAGAAUAAAUAUUGCUUUAAUCUUAAUGAGUUCCUCAAGGGAAGAAUUCACGUAUAAGUAGGAAAACUCAAAAACAGAUGUUUCUGUUGGUUUCCUGUGGCCAUAUUUGUGCCGCUGAAAGGGACACAAACAUGGCGUCUCCAUACAAAGCUUUAUAAAUUUGGGUAAAACAUUUUUCCGAAUAUCUCGCAUAUGAACUAUUGCAUAGACCUGAUUCUUGGCAAGGCUUUUUUUUAUCUUCUUUCAUUUCCCAGAUUUUAGACUUUGUGUAUUAAAAGGUUUGCAUUUUUAUUUCUCCUUUCUCACGUGAGUGAAAACCGAGAAUAGCAAGGAAAUCCUGUUUCGUGUAGGAAACCACUUUGUUACAUUGGUGAAGAGUUGGAAAGCAAGUUCAUUUAAAUUUCCAUGAAUUGAGGUGUUAUGUUUCUCAGAAUAUUUGAAGCAAUUCCUGGCAAAUUCAAUUUGUUAUACAUAUUUAAUUAAUAGAUUUUUGUGGUUGUUAAGAUGUGAAGUGGUGCGGCUUAGCCACAUUAUAAUAUUAAUGGUUAGCGAAUGGGCACAAGUUCAGGUGCCCAACUGUAAUGUUAUAAUCUUUUUCCAGUUUUAAAAUGGAAGGUAUGCGAAGUUUCUGACUGUUGUAUUUACCAAAAGCAGUCAAUGGUUACUGUGUAAUGUGGCUAGCUAGAAGUUUUUUUUUUCUUUUUCCCCACAUGGUCCCUAUGGCUUCCACUCCUGCACAGGCUUCUGAAGAAUAAAUUGCUUCCCAUUUUUUAUCUUAUCUCCAAGCAAGGUCAAGUCAAUGCUUUUAGAGCAUCUUGUGGAAAUUGCUUAUUGUUUUCUGUGAUAUUGUUGAUGAAUUCUGCUGAACAGUACUUUUAUGGGUUAGUUGUCUUACAUGUAUCAUUAAAUGUGAAAUGUGAUUGGCUUAGAAAGGGUGGUUAUUUUUUGCAGCAUUUGUUCACCACUUGUAAGAUGCAAAAUGAACGACUUAAUUACGGUUUUCAAGGAAUAGAACGAGGGAAUGUUUGUUUCUUACGUUUUCUGUUUCUUUGUGCAUUGGUUUUCAGAUUUUCUGUUUCAUGAGGACAAAGACAAGCAAAAGACAUUGAGAAGUAUCCACAUGAGGUCCCUAUUUUAAAACUCUGUGAACUUAAAAAUUUAUUUAAUUAGCAUAAAAAGAGGAGUACAGUUAACUCUCCUAGGAUGGGCAAUUUUGCUACUGCAUUAAAAAAAAAUGUUCCAGUUCAAGGGGGUGUCUCUCUGUCAGCUGUCCACCUCAAAGAGAGUGAAAAAAAGGACAUUAAUUAAAAUAAAAUAAAAUGACUGAAAAAAAAGGAGAGGCCAACUUGAAGUGUCCAUUUUGGGAGUUUUCUUCCCUACAAAGUUGUCCAUCUUUUACUUUAAGAGGUGUCAGUCCACUUUAAAGAAGAGGCCAACUUGAGGUGUCUGUCUGGCAGAGAUGCCUUUUAUAGAGGGAGUUGACUGUAAUAUGUGGCUGGAACCACCACUAAGUGGACCGUGCUUUUUUUAAAGGAAUGUCGCCCACUGUGGUGUCUUUGAAAGUUACAAAAAAGCCUUUGACAAGGUACCUUGAUUUUAAAAUCUUCUCUGUGUAAAGGUGAUGUUACACAAGACUAUUCGCAACAACGAUUUUUAGUGCAACAUUGUUCCAACAUUGCAUCGCUGUGGUGCACUAAAAAUUGUCAUUGUAAAUCCUUCUGUGUAACAUCAGCUGAAGAAACAAAGGGUCCUCAUUACAAUUCAUUCCCUAUCAAGUUAUACAGUAGCACAUCAUAUUCUUUAUACUAUACAUAUAUAUUAUAUAUAUAUAGCACACAAAUUAUUAGAGUUAAUUAUUAGACUUCGUCUGAAUCUAUGCUGCCUUGUGACUCCAGUUUAUCCAUUAAAUAAUUUUAUUUAGAGACAGAAGUUUAUUGGCAUUGGUUCUCAGAAAGGUUGAUAAGAGUAGUUUUGUAGUGAAAUGACGGCAUGUCACAAUGACUUGGUUUAUUGGUUUAAGGGAAUUUUUGUAUAUUUUAUCUGUUUAUGGUAAGCUGGUAUGCAGUAAUUUUUUAAUAUACAGUACAUGUGAGAAAAUUUAGACUGGUGUGAAAAUCUUAAUGUUGAAUUAUCGCUUAAAGAUGAGUUAUGUUUUGAAAAUAUCUUACUUAGACGUAAAGUUUGAUUUUUCAUAGUAGGUGUUAUAAUACCUUUUUAAGUGCAUGGUGGACUAUAACUACUCCUUCAUUUCCCAUAGAGAUAGUUGUAUACCCUUUAUCUUAGAGACUGCUUCUUUUAUGAUUUAAGUGAGUCAAUGGGUCAUGGGUCACUGAAAGUAGUGUUUAGGGUUAAGCAAUGAUGAUAGUGAUUGGGCGGGGUUAAGCAGUGGCAAUAGCAAUUGGGGGUUAUCGGUAGGUACUGAAAUAGUGAUUAGGGUUGAGCACUGACCUGAAGUGGUUAUAUCUACUUUGGCAAAUACGAGAAAUUCAAACUUUUGACUCAUGAUUCAUUGACUCAUUUGCUCUUAAUUCUCUUCAUCUUACAUCAAAAGGUGAUUUUUUAGCUUGUUGAGGUGUUCACUUGUUGUACCAUAAAAAGAAGUGAAGAAUUACUCAUAGUCUAAUGUGUAAAAGAAAAAAACGAAGGCUUCUAGGUUUUAUUUUCAUACAGGCAAAGCCACAUAUAGAUUGAUAUUAUUGUUAUUCCGCAAGGAAAACCAGGUAAUUUGCAUGGUUAUAUUGUAAUACAGCAGUAUUAGGUAUUUAGAACUUACAGAAGACAAUUGCACUGAAUCUGAUUUAAGCAUGACAGGAAAAAACGAACUGAAACCAGUUUUGGAAUGUUUGCUAUGCUGUGGCCAGUCACACAAGAGAAUGUUUCAGUUCUGUCUAGUGUUUUGCAUUUUAAUAAGUAAAAACAUGCAUUUCUUUGGUCAUGGCCAGCAUUUCAGAUAAUUUUUGGUGCUUCCAUUUUCCUGUUCACCUUUUAAUGUAUAGUUUUAGUUGCUCUAAGCUAUUCAACAGCAUUCAUUUAGUUUUAGACAUAAUUGGUGGACAUUUUGACCAGAUUGCUUGUCUUGACACUUAAAGAUGUCUUUGAACGAAAAAGAAGUGCUUUAACCUUAACCAGAAUCAAAACAUAGUGAAACCAAUGUAAUUUAUUGAAGCAUGAUGAGACGUAACACAAGUAGGCCAGACAUGUAACAUAAAUAUUUUCUAACAUGUAGCGCAAGGGUGCAUUCAAUGAACAUUUUUCUAUGGAAAAGCAGUAUACAGUGUAUUACUUUCUGAUGACCCAGAGCAGAUCUUAUGUCCCAAGACAGUAGCAUAAUAAUAAUUUCUUCUGUGGUGUUGUAAUCCAUUUCAAAGUUAACAUUAAUUUUACAUUUUAAAAAAGUGAUAUAGGGAAAACAAUCUCACCUUAACCCUUUUAAACCCUAACAUCCAAAUUCAAAUUCUCAUUUGUUAUCCCUAUACGUUUUCAAUAGAAGUAGUGGGGAGAAUUUUGUUGAAGUAUCAAUUAGAUUCAUCUUGUGUGAUAAUGUCCUUAAUUCUCAUGACCACUUUGUUUUAUAAAACAGUGAUAAAUUACAAGGAGAAAUUUGAUGCUGAUCACUCUUAGUGCUUAAAGGGUUAAUGUAACAGUAUUGGUAAUUGUUUUGAUGUAUCAGUUUUUCGUGAUGUCAUUUUUUUUUUUACCUCUAAGGAUGGUGAAUGGUGAACUUGCAUGGAAACAUUUUUAUCUAAACUUGCAAUUUCAGAAUAUUUCUUAUGGGUCACUGACAGUAAAACCUGCAUUAAGUUGAGACCAAUGUCAGGAAUUUACUAGAAAAUACAUGUAGGUAUGUGUAAGGGCCAGGAAGGGCAGAAAUUACAGGCAGUUUGUUAGAAGUUUAAAAUGGUGAGCAGAAAAGUUGGAUCUGUGCCCCUUGGGUCUGCGUAAAUUAUACAGCUGAACACUUUUUCAGUAUUAAGCUUUUUUCUUUUCUUUUUUGUUUUGAUUUUCAAAUACUUUGCUGCAAGGUCUCAGAUUUUGAUAGAAAGUCUUGGUGUCUCAGCAAGUCUUAUGGUUUUCCAUUCACCUACCUUAGCUCUGUAAGCUGUCUCUAUUACAGGGUUUGUACAGAGUCUUGAAUUCUUGAAAAAGUCUUGAAAUUUGCUCCGCGGUUUUCCAGAACUGUAAAAGUCUGAAAAAUGGAGAUAAAGUCUGGGAAAACGCUAAAAAAUCUUGAGGUUUUUUCAAAGCUACAACAAGUGCUUUUAGAAGUGAAUUUCUUUUUCAAUUUGGUCAAAUCUUAUAUUCAGUCUCGCCCGUACGUUUGCAGCACACCGUAAAAAAAGCUUUGUUUCUGUGUUUUUUAAGGUCUCGAUUGAUCACCUAUUUGAUAACCUUAAGUCUGGAAAAAAGAAAUUCUUGUUUUGGAAAAAAGUCUGGAAAAAGCCUUGAAUUUUGGAUGCAAAAAUCUGAACGAACCCUGUCACUAACAGAACUGGACUAAGACUGUCAUUGAAUGCACCUAAAGAGUAUAGACUUGUAUUUGUCAUUUGAUGGACUGUUGGCCCCUUGUGUUGACAACUGGUUUGUUUAUAUGGUACAACUAUAUGUGAUUAUUUUAAAACACAGUUAAUGAUUUAAGUAAACAAAACUUUAAAAACAGCUUCUUGUCUUCUUUGUGAAGGGGGUAUAUUUUGCAAGUUGUGUUGGGUUAUUUGUCCAUCGCCAUUAUGUGAAAGGAACUCAUGAUGUCCUGUCUGCCAUUUUGAAAUGGCGGCCAUGUUGGUGUCCCAAACAAAUGUGUAAAGACUGUAUGUGUUACAAAUAACAAUGCUGUCAACCUGUCUUAUGAGUAGAAGGCCCAAUUGUAGGUAUAUCUAUGGUGAGCCACCCUCCCCCCCCACAACCUCUUCCCCACGAAGAAAAAAAAAACUCAGAAAAUGUUCAAAGAGCACACCCGCUACCAGCUUUAGAAAACAGAUGACAUUUCAUGAUGCCAGCGGUGGUUUCCCCGCAAAAUAAAGUCCCCACAGAAAUUCCAUACUGAAGACGCAUCACUACCCAGAUCUGGGUAGUGCUUCUGAUUGAUUGAAGCAGAUUUCCCAUGCGGCAUGACCAAUCUGAAGCACUACCCAGAUCUGGGUAGUGACGUGCCAUCAGUAGUAAAUUUCUGCACUCAUUUCCCAGACGUUAUUUCGCGGGGAAACCACCAGUUGUGUUGCGAAAUGUAAUUUGUUUUCUGAGGCUAACUUGCUAUUUUUUGGCAGGUCAUUCUCCUCCCGGGAUAAUUUUAACCACGGUUUUUUCAUAAUCCUUAUCUGUUAAAUGCACAGAUUGCUGUCCAUGAGAUAGAUACACGGGCCAAAUAGGUGCAAUACAUAUCCCACCAUUCACCUCUCCACCCGUGCACUGAAAAAGAGACACCUCUAUAAGGACACCUAGGGCUGGUCCCUGCCUUUUUUUAGUCCCUUCAUUUGAUGGACACCUCAAUAAGACAGACACUUAAAGCCAGUCCCAAAGGUGUCCUCUGUCUUAGAGAAAUUUGACUGUAAUGAAAAUCUUUAUCUUAUACAUGAAAUGGUUUUACACUGACCUACACUGUGUAUAAUGCAGACCUCACUGAUCUUUGUACACUCACUUACCAACAGGCCUUUCAGGAGUUGUCCCAUGCGUCUAUUUCAUAAGUCAGUCAAAUUGCUUGAAGAGGGACACCUUUGGGACUGGCCUGUCUGUCUUAGAGAGAUUUCCGUCUUAUGGUGAGUCAGUUAUAGGAACUAAAGAAGGGUGGGGACGAACUCUAGCUGUCCAUUUUACUGAGGUGUCUGUCUUAUAGAGGUGUCCGUGCAAAGAGAGUCGACUGUAGAUGACAAGCAAAAAAUGAUUUUUACUUUCAUUCAAAUAAAACCCAUUUUCAGUCAUGAAAAGUUUUGCACUUCGACUCGUUUUAAAAGUGAGAGUUUCUGAAACGUGGAAACGGGACAGCAGGGAGGCCGUUAUCCGCCCUUCGCUGGGCUUAUCCGCCCUGGCCCUGCGGGAAAGCGCCCGCACGCUCCCUCGCCUCGCACCCGAGAUAAGUCAUGCGCACUUGAGUAUAAGAACACUUCCCCUUGACAAAAUGGCCGGAAGUUUUGAUUCAAGAUCGACGUCUAGCGCCUUCCUUUCAGUAGGCACGUAGAACACCUUUGGCCAAGAUGCUUGAGAAGCAUAGGCAUUUGCUCAUAAAAUUCAGACAGGAGAUAGCGGAAGAUUUACUGGUUGACGAUGUUCUUGUUUUUCUGCGGAGCAAGUUCGUGCUUGAUUCGGAUGACACCGAGGUCAUUCGAGUGGAGAAAACGUCCCAUCGACAAGUAGAAAAGCUGCUAGACAUCCUCCCACAAAAAGGAUUCGAAGCGUUUGAUCAUUUCUUUUCUGCUCUAAGUGAUAAAUACCCGCAUUUGGCCAAGCUGUUGCAGAAUGAUUCAAACGAGGAACAGUUCAAAUUCAUUCUUGAGACUGUCGAUUCUCCUUUGCAGUGUAAGUAACGUUAAUAAUCAACUUAUGUGAAAGGUUGUAAAAUUAUUGUUAAAUUUGUUGAUAGUUUUAUUAGCAAUCUAGCUACUGUUCAAGCGGACUUCGCUGGCUACCGUGUAUGGGUACUGUAAUCAUUUCUUCUCCUUGUGAUUUAUUUUUGGGGAGGAUGUCAGACAUGAAACCAGAUAUGCAAGGGAAUUUUAGUUUAAUCCUGCCACUGUUGUUAUGCAUUAUAAUAAUUAUUUCUCCGCAUCAUAAUAUUUUUGUUAAAUUGGUUUACCAACUCAUUACAAAUUAAUGUUAAUGUUAAUGCAGGAUGUUUGCCUCACUUGGAGUUUGGGUGAGGGGCAGUAACCAGGGAUCCUGGGUGAGUGGUACUACCUGAGCCUUUGGGUGGUGAGUACUUUUGGGAUCAACAGUUACCCUUAGUCUAUACUGACCAUGUCUGUACCCUAGGUACCAAAGAGGGAGAAAAGAGGGUGGGGGGGGGGGGGGGCAGGCAGAGUUAAAGGUCACAGUCGAUUAUGGAGUCUGAUGAUGAAUGCUGUGGUGCUACCUUUCAAUGACUCAGCUUUAGUAAGAGCUUAUUUCAUAUUUUUAUGGUUUUCACAAAACUGCAUGUAAUUCUUGCCUGGUGGAAUCACAAAUGAGGCUCAAUUACGAGCUGAUGUUCAGGAAAUCGGCCUGCGUGCGCUCCUCCUGCAAACAGAUAACUGGCUGCGUGGGUUUGCUGUUAUUGAUUUCCACCAAUCAUGGCCUCUUCAAAUUGAGCAGGAGGCAUAAAUUUAUUUUCCUGGAGCAGAUUUCAAAUGGUGGAUGCAGAUGUGUUGUUUGAUGUGAUGGCAAUCAUAUUUUAGAGUGUUUUAAGAUUAAAAACCUGAAAUAUCGAGAAGCGUUAGAGAAGCUGGUGAAUGAUAAGGAUGUCUUGUUGAUCUGGAUUAUGAAUCAUUUUCCAGUCUGCACCAAUGGUUGUUGACAGCUAAUGUGAAGGAGAUAACUUUCUAUGUCCAUUCCCGUUGUAAUUUCAACCCAAAAUUUGCAAAUACAAGGUGCAAAAUACCUAAAAACAUUAUGUCAUCUGCUGAUUUUUUUUGGUGAAUACCAAAGCAGCAAUGUGUUUGGUAUCUGAUGACAUUUCCCAUAUCCGUAGUUAACAAAACAAGGAAUGACCUACAAUGAGCUACAAUGAGCUAAAAUAAGCUACAACUACAAUGACCUACAAAGAGCUACAAAAAUGACAGACAAUACACACACACAUUGACCAUGAUGACACACAUUGACACAUCAAAUGAUCUACAAUGACCUCAUCCGGUCAUUGUGGGUCAUUCGUUGUUUUAGUAACUACAUUCCCAUAUCUUGCUUUUUCUAAAGAUGCAUGAAUUAAAUUUUGAACUUACAAUGCAGACACAAUUGGUCACUCACACAUCUGCCCUUUUCUUCUUGGGAAGGACCUAGAGAGUGGGCAAAUCAAACCUAAUGACAAAUCAUAGGUCUCAAAAUGGGCAGAUCUCACAUCAAGCUAGAUAAUAAUAAUAUUAAUUCAAACUUCAAGGCCAGGAUAUUGUAGCAAAGCUAACUACAAAGUUCCUUUCUUAAUUUUGUUUCAUCAAUAUUUUAUUCUCCAACAGUAGAAAUGAUGAGUGAAGAACACAAAGAUAUCCUAAAUACCAGCAGAGUGGAAAUUGUGGAAGAUUUGCUGGUUGAUGAUGUUCUUAACUUUCUUCGGAGUAAAAUGGUGUUUGAUCUGGAUGAUACUGAACUUAUUAGAGCAGAAAAAACUUCAAGAAGGCAAGCAGAGAAACUCUUAGACCUGUUAGAAACCAAGAGCGAUGCUGCAUUUUAUAACUUCCGUGAGUCAUUAGAGGAACCCUAUCCUCAUUUAGUGGAGCUUUUGCAAGACAAUUUGAGAAAACCCCGGCUAGUCUCAGAUGUCAGAGAAUUAACGGAAAGAGGUGAUCAUAUAAUAGUUUUGGAAGUUAAAGUUAUGUGAAGCAACCUGUUUUUUGUUGAUUUGAGAUCAACAUACUGUCAAACCUCCAUUAAACGGCCACCUAUUUAAGGAGCCACCCUCUAUUAAGCGGCCAGUGACCAAAGUCCUAAACUGAUUGUAGAAAAGAAUGGGGAAGUAAAGCUUUAUUAAGUGGUAACCACUAGUAAGCGGCUGUGGCCACCUUUUUGCCAUCCCAACAAGAGUUCUUCCAUUGUUUUCACCUCCACUAAGUUGUCGUCGAGUGCUUACACUUAGUUUGGCCUUAUUUUAAGAAUAUAAUGAAGGAAAAUAAAGACCGAGGUAGAAGUUGACGACCGAUUGUGGAUCAGUAAAGCUGCUCUCGUCAUGUGUUUGUUUCAGAAUAAAGUAAUAUUUCUGCUAAAGAUUAUGGUAAUUUAUGACAAACCUCUAUUGAACAGCCAACCUCCAUCAAGCAGCCACUUGCUGGUACCCGAAGGGUGGCUGCUUAAUGGAAAUUCAACUGUAGUCAACUCCUGAGCAUAUGUCUUAAGGGAAUACAUACCUCUUAUUAGCCAAGUUUGAGUUCCGUACUGUAAACUAUGGAUCCUCGUUUUUUUUUUGCACAUGGGCCGUAAAUCAUUGGAAAAAAAAAGAAGGAUAUGAAUGUAAUUUACAUUGAGGACUGAGAAAACAAGGUUAAUAAGAUGUUUAUUAUAUGGCAUCCUGUUUCUGCGAAAAAAAAUUAGUGCAGGACAAGCGAUUUGACAGUCAUUUGUCAGGUGUCAGAAAGUGAAAGUUCUCAUUGGCUCAUGGAAACAAUGGUACAAAAGCUUUGAAAGUGAAAUCAAAAAGUAAAUGUGCCAAUUUUAUUUUCUGCAAUGGUUGUAGUUAAUAAAAUCCCCCCAAAAUUCAGGCAUAAUGGAUAUUGACAGGGACUGGAAGGCGUGGGGGUCUAAUUAAUUGCUGUAAACAAUGUAAGAUGUAGAUUGGCUCUUUUGAUUGAUAUUUUGAAUUUACAAGUGUUUUAGGGUCAUUGCAAAAAGGAAAUACCUUUUCAUACCUCAGUAUAAGGAAGUGGAGGGGAAAAGGAGGAAGAAAGGAAGAGGCAGAGAGAUAUACAAUAAAAAGAGCCCCCAUGUGUACUUUUCUAACAUCAGGGUGAAACAGUGGGUCUUCUGUCCACUCGUCUGUUGUGACAGUUUCAAUUUAUUAUUAUGAUCAUUACCUACGUAACUCUAUAGUUUGCUUUCAUAAUGCUUGCCUGUUUGACUUCCCAUUUGCCACUAGAAUGUACGACUUCCCAAAUUCCCAACAGACAGAAAAAAAUCCCACAUCCCAUGCCCACAUUUUGGUGAAUCCCACUUCUCGGGAAGCAGUCAAAUCCCGUUUCCUGUCAAGAUAUUUUGUGUUUUUCCAAAUCCCACUCUGUAUUUUGGUCAAAUCCCAGAUCCCAAAAAUACCCUUCCCAAACCCUGUAUUGAGGGUGACACUGUCAAAGUCUGCUUAUGUCUUUGAUGUCCUGCUGAAAUACUAAUAACUUAAACUUUGUGAUUUGGUCUUUGCAGUUGAAAAUGUGCUUCUUGAGGGUGGUGUUCCACAGCGACCAACAGUCUUUGCCAACAGAGCAAGAGAUCUUCAUAAGAUCCAUACUGCCCUUAGAUCGUUAAAGGAGCGAGAUGGUUGGGUCAUUUUACAUGGCAUGGCUGGAUGUGGCAAGACUGUGAUGGGCUCUGAAGCUCUUAGGAGUCCUGCUCUGUUAGAGGAGUGUUUUCCUGGGGGUGUGCAUUGGGUGAGAAUUGGUCCUGUUGACCAGUCCAAACUUCUAAUGCGAAUGCAAAAUCUCUGUGCCCGUCUUGAUUCUGAUCACAGCCGACAACCACCAAGAAACACGGAAGAAGCCAAAGACAGGCUCAGAAUGUUAUUUGCUCAUCAGCAUCCUCGAUCUUUGCUAGUUCUAGAUGAUCUUUGGCAUUCCAGUGACAUUAAAUAUUUUGACAUCCGUUGUCGUAUCAUGGUUACCACGCGGGAUGCUGCAAUUGCAAAUAUGGUUGGUGGAUCAAAAGCCAAAGUUCACAUCAGCGAGGGCUUCACAGAAAAUGAAUCACUACAGAUUUUAGCCCAGUGGACAAAGCAAACUGUGAUUCAUCUUCCAGGGGAAGCAACUGAAAUAUUUCAUCUUACAAAUGGCUCACCAUUAGCAAUAAGCAUGGUCGGUGCACUGCUCCGUGAUCACCCAAAGAGAUGGAAGUAUUAUGUUAGCCAGCUUGAGAAAAAGAAUGUCAGCAAACUCAAGCCAAAGUUUGAGUAUGAAUAUCCAACUCUGACAGAAGCAAUUCGCAUGAGUAUCAAUAAUUUACCUGAUGACCUAAGAGAACUGUAUGAAGAUUUUGCAGUGUUUGAUGAAGAGUCUAAAGUACCAGCCCAGGUCCUUUGUAUUUUAUGGGAUGAAGAGGUAGGGACACUUCUUCUUCACCUGCUAUCUUGAAAAAUGCAUCUGGUUUCAGUAAUGAUAUUUUUUAUGGGGAUGGGACAUUAACCCAUUGCCCAUCCCCCAUCCCCCAUCCCCCAUCCCCCAUCCCCUAUCCCCCAUCAACCAUCCCCUAUCCCCUAUCCCCCAUCCCCCAUCCCCCAACCUCCAACCCUCAACCCCAACCUUAAGGAGGGUCUGUGUCUCGGUAGAUUGAAUAUUUAAUUUCAUCAUUUUGGGUGAGUGUAGUUUUUUUAUCAAAAGCGCUGUUUUUUUAGUGAUUGAGAUUUUUACAAGCUGAGCUGCAAUCAUUGUCCUGGACAAAGUUAUGAUGACUUCUGCACAGCUUAUCAAAACAUCAGUCACUGUCUUUAACUGUUGUAUAUUGUAGUGCUCUUAACAAUAGUCAGACCUGGCUGACCAGACUGGUCAUUUUGAAAAUGAAAUUAUGUUAGUCUUGUUGCAAAAUUUUCAGGAAGCCCCUCACUGCUGCGCAUGUUAUUCAGUAAUAGACUGAUCUUCUUGAAUAGUCUUGAACAAUAAUAGUGGAAUUCUUUUUAUGACUCGACUGUGUUCCGGCCAGUCAGUAAUCAUAAAUGGUAAGUGCUCCUAUUCAGGACACAUACCUGGACAAUAUUAUUAUUAUAAUAUUAUUAUUAUUAUUAUAAUUUUUAUUAUAAUAUUCUACAUACUUCUAAAAAAUAUGGAUGGUGUCCUUCUCUAUAGUUUGAAGUUGUAGAGGACUGGAUGGAGGAUCUAGUAAACAAAUCACUGGCCAGGAGAACAGUGAAAUCUGAGGAUGCCUUAGGCACAUUUUAUAGCAUUCACAACCUACAGCUGACGUAUCUUCAAGAACAAGCACAAAACUUAGAGGCACUGCACAAGAAACUUGUAAACCACUACAAGAAAUUGUAUAAGGGUGAGAAAUCUGUGAGAAUAGCUUUUUUACUCUAGAGAUGGAAUCUAUAAUACUUAGUUAUACUUACUUACCUAAGUAUACCUAUGUACCUACCUAGCUUACUUUUAAAAUACCUAUUUACAUACCUACCUACCUACUUAUAUACAGUACCUACCUACCUACCUACGUACCUACCUACCUACGUACUAUCUACCUACUUAUUAUUCACUUACUUAAAUAUUUAUUUACUUACCUACCUACUUACCUACCUUAACUAGCACCUACUUUUAAUACCUACCUACUUACCUACAUGUACCUACUUACUUACGUACAUCUACUUACCUACCUACCUACUUAUUCACUUACUUAAAUACUUAUCACAGGAAAAAAUUGCAGAAAAUCAUUGAUGUAAAAUCGAAUGGGAUUUCAUCAAUUCCCAAGGAAAAAAAACAUAAAUGUUAAAGUUGGACACUUACCAUUAAUGUUUUUCUUUGAAAAUUCACAUAAAUGUUAAUUACAAAUUCCACUGAUGGUUAGUGCCAACUUACCACUGAUGGUUUUAUGUAAUGUAUCAUUGAUGUUAAAUUCUUUUCAAACAUUGAUGGUAAUUCAAAUUAACAAUAAUGUUUGUUAGUCUUUUAACAUUCAGGUUAUUUUAAUGUUCUAUUAUUGGGAUAUUGCCUCUUCCCAUGAAGAAAAACCCAUCAAUGUUUAUUGCCAUUUUAAUUCCAUACAUGGUAGGAAUCAAAUUACUAUAAAUGGUAAUUUAUCAACCAUUAUUGGGAAAUAGCUUAACCAUAGAUGGUAAUUCAAAUAAUAACAUCAUCUUUUAUUGUUUUAACAUUCAGGUUAUUUUAAUAGUGUUAUUGAGAAAUUGCUACUUCCCAUGAAGGAAAACCCAUGGUAGGAAUCAAAUUGCCAUAAAUGGUAAUCUAUAAACCAUCAUUGGGAAUUAAUAGCUUAACAUUAAUGCUAAUUCAAAUAACAAUGUUUUUUACUGUUUUAUGUUCAGAUUAUUUUAAUGUACUAGCUGUCGUUGGGAAAUUGUCAUUUCCCAUGAUGAAGGAAAACCCAUCAAUGUUUAUUUAUAUUGUUGUUAACAUGAAUGAUUGGAAUAAAAUUAUUAUUUUGAAAGGUAAUGUAAAAACCGUUAUUGAGAAUUAGCAAUCUCCAUUCUCACGUGUGAUAUUUUAGUUCCCAUCAAAAGAAAUUUGAAAACAUCCAAGUGGAUUUGUGGUUAGUUAAUUAAGUUCUUAAUAAUCCACUGCACUGAAUUUUUUUUUGAUAUAGUUAUCAUGGAAAUCGCCAAUUCCGCAAAGCUAAGGUUACAAUUCUAACAGUUCACCAUUAAAACCAACCAUAAUCAUCCAAGGCUAUAAACUUUCAACUUUUAAUGAUACAUUAACAAAGGAUACAUUUUUACAAUAAUCAGUUCUGCUACUGUGGUACAAGUAACAAAAGUCGUGACAAUAUCAUCUUUAUGUUAAGAAAAUUAACCAAAAGCCACAAAACAUCUUUGGGCAUUUGUAGCUUAUAAUAUUUUAUAAUAAUAAAGCUGCGAGACAAUAGAAGAAGGUGCAAUAAAAUGUUGUGUUUCCGAGUUUCUUCCAUUGUUUGUGAUGAGCACAUAACAAAAGGUUGUUAAUGUUCAGUUCAAUCAACUUAACAUUCACAAUAUAUUUUGUGAUGUGCACAUCACAAACAAUGGAAGAAACUCAGAAACACAACAUUUUAUUGCACCUUAAUUGUUUCAUUGCCCUGCACACUUAUUAUAAAAUUAUUAUUACAAGCUACAAAUGCCCAGGUUGCACAAAAUGGAAAACAACAAACUUUUUUAAUUUUGUAAUGGGGUAAGAUGGAAUUAAACCACACUUGAAUGCAAUUAAAAUGGCUUCAGCUUUUGUAUGUCACGCCUUGAAGCAUUUUUUGGGUUCCCUCUGAUUCUGACAUAAUUCUUUUUUACAAGGGCUUCUGCAACCACUUUUACCAAACCAUUCUUCUCUUUUGGUGCAUUUUUUAUGCCCAUUGCCUUGGCUGAUGAAGCUAACUGAUUUCUUUGUACAUCUGCCAGUCGGAUUGCAUUAUAUGCAACGCAUAUAAUAAGUUUAGCUGUGUCAUCUGGGAAAGCUGGGAAAUAAAUAGAAAAUUCAGUUGCGGCCUCUUCUCAAUCCCCUGACAAUACUUGCAUGCGCAAAAGACAAAAGGUUUCAAACUUCUAAAAAUAAUAUCAUAUAAACCUUCUUCAGCAUCAGGUUCUGAUUCCAUGACUUCAUCUGUAUUGCCUGAUUCAGAGGCACAGCUCUUUUCAACACUACUGCUGUCUACAAUUACAGUUUGUGAAUCUUUAACUUGUAAACAAUGACCUGUGGAGGCAAACAGAAACUUUGUUAGUACUCUGUUAAGAGGUAUUGGAAAGCCCAGGAACUAAACUGCAGACAGCACCUGUUAAAAGAAAUGUUUUUAAUUUCUGGGAAUUGUGACUGACAAUAACAAGAAUUUUAAAGAAUGAAAAACAUUGAUGAGAAUGCCUAAAAGUCAACCAUGAUCCCCUGGUUUGAAAAAAAUGUUAAACCAAAGAAAAAUUUGCACCACAACAGAUACAUUGCAGAUUUAUCAAAUAAAAUAUGCUCAAACAUACCCGUCUUUUCCUCCUCUGAUUCUUCCACAAUUUCCGUAUCCCCAGAUUCAUCCUCAAUGGAAUCAGAGAGACUAUCACUAGAAGGACUUGCAGAACUGUUGUUUUCAGCAGUACUAGUGCGUUCAGAACUCGGUGUUUUACGCUUCAGCGUUCGCUUAUCGGCCUGCAAUUUUAAAAAAGUGGUCAUUGUAGUGACUGCCUUAAUUUGCUAACUUCUACAGCACGGUUGUCACUACUGGAUUUCAUACUGUCGGGGGCUAUAUAUCACAAGACAGUUAAGAAGUCUACCCAGAUGUGCACACAAUCAAACUGGGAAAGUAACACUGACUUUCUUUGGACUCUGGUAUUUACAAAUAUUUUCCUAUUUCCCUGUAUCAAAUGUUGACCUCAACGGGUUAAAAUUUUAGCCCAAAGAAAUGUUAAGAUUGUCUUAUUUGGCACAAGCCUCUAAUGACACCAAACAAAUUAUUUGUCUACAAUUAGCACCCUGUUUUACUCUUAGUGAGCCAGUGCUAUUGUGCAUUAGGUGUUAGCUAGUACGUGCUUAAAAGAGAAAUCAAGUCAUUUUAAUUAUUGUAAUAUAAGUUAUUGUCAAAUAUUUUUUAGCUUAGUUGUCUCCCCGCUUAGCAUCCUGAUUCACAGGAAGCUAGAUUUUCUUUGACACAUCACUAUAAAGUUUCUAUUCUAUUCUCCUUCCUUAACUGUUUGGGGGGUCUUGAUGAAAUGUGAUAGAUAAAUGGUUGAGCUUACUUUAGAGUAAUCAUGGCCAUUCCUUUGGUGUCUUCGUCUUUCAUUCAAUACAUCCAAAAUGUGUUGUUUGAUACCAUCUCUCCCAAAGUUCAAAGGCGGAAAAGAGCAUUCAGCCACAAGCUCUUCCACUAACUGAUUUAACUCUGCUACAGCUGUCUUGUUGGUUUUGAAUUUGGGGAUGUUGUUCCCCGGCCAUCGUUUGAUUGCUGCCGCUCUGAUCGCUUUUCUCCUAUUAAGGUAAAGAUUCAACAGUUGUUGAAACUUUCAAUAAAUUGACAAAAAUCCAAAUUGUUUAAGAAAGAAGUAUCGUUUCAGCUAUCGUUUCCGAAAUGAUCGACCCGCAAAACUUGGGGCUUACAAAUAAAAAGCAGAAAUGAAAUAAUGCAGGAAGUAUAUUUGUAAAAAAAAUUUACACCGUGUUUACAACCUAGAAUAAUAACGUUCUCAAAUUCAAGCCAGUGUUCAUGUGUUGAUGAUGAAAAGCUAAACAACGCAAAAUUUGAAAUACAAACUCUGGAGUCGUGUUCAAGAAAUUUAAGUUACAUGCAUGGAAAGCUUAAUUGCCAGCUUAUAUCACUCACUUCGUCUUGUAAAUUCUUCUAUUAAUAUCGCUGAUUUGAUUCAGCUGGGCCUUCGAAGGCUUUUUUGCUUUAACUGCCGUGAUCACGCAACUCGACGCUUCAUCUAUAUCGGCGCUUGCGUUGACCAGCAUCGUUAGUUUAAGUUGGUCAGCUACUGUCAUCAGUCCGCAGGCUUCGUACUGUUCUCUUGUUGCUUUCUUUGAUAGCAAUAAUAAGGAUUUGCCGUCAAUUUUUUGCGCUGUUUGCAGAAAAAAGAACAAGAAGAGGAAAUUAUUGUACAUAGUACAGGUAAACUUAAACUUUUUUCAAUAACAAAACACACCAACUAUGAACCGAACGGGAAGGAACGAAUCGAAUGUUGAUCGAUCUAAGAUCGCGGCCGCCAUCUUUGAAUUGGCAUAUGAACGAUUUCUAGCCCUUCUAACAGACUGUAGAAAAGUUGCAAAGAUAACUAAAGUAAGGUUAAAUUAAAUCUUAAUAACUUAACAGCACUUAAUAUCUCAUUUUUAUUCAAAAAUGAAGUUUCUUUCUUUCGCGCCAAAACUUUCAGUGAAUGACCAGUUUUCCCCCACGGCAGAGCGAUAAAAACUCGAUCACGUUUAAUAUGAGUUAAUUGAAAGUGCACAAUAAUGAACCCAAAGCUGAAUUGAAAAGUUUCAGGCCUUUUUUCAAAUACUGGUAGGUUAUCUGAAAGAAAAAGCGGACCAUCAUACGCAGCGUAAAAUGGCGCGAAAAAACACAAUGCGACACAAGCUUACCUUCGAACUUCUCGGCAAUUUCUAAUUGGAAUUCUUUCGCAAUAAAAUCCUUCACUUCUUGGAUAUUCAUUUCUUGUACGGAACUGGACGUUUCAUUUUCACCCAUGGUUGUCAAUAAACAACAAAACGAAGAAUAAAGAAGACCAAUUCAAAACCGUCACGUCCUCACUUGCACAAUUCAUGGGCGGAAUGAACAACGCUGGGAUCAAACACGGGAUCUUCAUCGUCAUUCCGCAACGUGAUUGGUUGAUGAAAAAAAAGCUGGGGUGUGAUUGGUGCAGGUUAUCUUCGCGCGGGAAAUUCGGCGUUUUGGAUUGACGUUUCCUUUGGAGGGCUUUUUGAAAUUAUGGUGAAGGAUCGGCAUCGGCAGGAUAUCUUCGCGCGGGAAAUUCGGCGUUACUGAUCUUUGUUUUUUACCCGUCGUGAGCCAGCUGCCCGAUAUUAUGGAAACUAAAAGACGAAGAUUUGAACCUUAUGUUUGGUCAAGAGAUGAUAUUGUCUGCUGUAACUGUUCACAGUUAAAAUCUAGACACGUACAUUGCCCUUGUUCCAGCUGCAAUGGUGCUGCAGUUGCACGUUCCCUGGAAUAUUCUCAUUGGCAACAACAACAAGCCAUUGCUGAUCUUGGGCUACCCAGGUAAUCACAAAAAUAUAGGCUCAUCAUUUUAACAUGUGGUUUAAAUUAAUUUAAAUUUAAAUUUGUGGUUCAAUUUUAUCCUUGGUUUAAAUUUUAUUUUCUUUUGUUUCAAACUCAUUAUCAUACAUUACCAUACCGAAAAACAAAGGAAAAUAAAAUUUAAACCAAGGACAAAAUUGAACCACAACAUAUACAUGACUGCUUUUGAUAUACAAAUAAAUGGGCAAUAUCCACAAUCAUUUGAAUUCUCUUGAGGCUGCACCUGAUCACAAGUAUUCCUUUGUUUCAAACAGAAAUGAAGAACCCAGUGAUUCACACAACGACUCAGGCAUUGAUGAAUUUUCAUCCCCUUUGUCUCCCGGGGACAACGUCACCAUUACUGUGCACGUGGAUGAUGUCUAUGACUGCAAUUCUAGUGCCCUACCUGGCAACCAGACUGGUGCAUAUGCUUCAAGUACCUCAAGUUUAGCAGAAAUGACAGAAUCCACCACCCCAGAGAACACCUCAGAUGAUUUGGAAAUUGACCCUGAUGACAUACAAAUAACAAUUGCUAUACUAAAAGCAUUGAAUUUAGUGGAUCAAAUGAAUGGGUCAAUAUCAGAUUUUGAAGACGUCCUGCAAUUUGCCAAAGAGUUGUACUGUAGAAAGGACAGUCACUUAGAAGAAAAAUGGCCAGGGAAUUGGCAAGACACACAAACAGUUCUCCAAAAUUGUGGAUACAAAUCUCCCAGAGAACUUUACAUCUGUUUGGAUGAGAGCCAUUACACACAAUGGGAUGUCAUGGAAAAUGGUGAAGACAAAUGCAGACACUGCGGAAAGAAAGGCACGAUAAAAUUCUACUACCUGGGAAUUUCUGACAAAGUUCAACUUUGGUGUAGUAAUCGUGGUGUGUGUGAGAAAAUGAUGGCCCACUGGGGUGAGAAAGAACACUGGUUAGUAGGGGAAGGUCCUAACUUUAUAUUGAAAGAAAUCUGGGAUGGUGAAAGAUUUAAUGAGCUUAAGUGGUUCUGGGAUCCAGAUUCUCGCUGGAUGCUACCUGUUAAGUGUCAGUACUGUGCUAAUGUGACAAGUAGUGAUGAGAUCGAGGAAUUUCCAGAAGAAGAAGGGAAGCAUGUGAUUACAUGUCAUGAAUGUGGAUCAAGGUGGAAGCACACACCAUGCUAUUCUAGAGGGGAUCCCCGCAAUAUUGCACUUAUUGGCCACUGGGAUGGUUGGCAGCCCUUUGGAUACCCUGGAGCACAUAGUUGUGGUAAGCAAACACCUUCUUUCUCACUUCUAAGAAAUAAAUGUAAUGUAUCCAAUAACACAAAUGUGCUUAAGACUGCAGUUAACUGACAGGAGUUAAGUCUUGCUGUUGAACACCUUAUUUAAACUGUUAUCUUCUUAUCAAUGAUUAGCAUCUUCUUAAUUAUAGGGGCAAUAGAAGUGACAAUAGCUAACAUGGCUAAGGCUGAAAGAAGCAAAACUGAUCAAGUUUAUGUGGUGGGAUUUGUCCCUUCUUAUCAGCUACCUAAGAGUCGUCCAUGUUCCUUGGAUCCAUUCCUGCAUCCCCUUGUCAGUGACAUUGAAAACAUCUUCAUUAAUGGUAUGAAACCAUAAGAACUAUUCGGCCUAUGGGGUACAGAUCAGUAAAACUUAUUGUGUAUUCAACAGAAAAUUAUUAAUUUAAUAUUCAUUUAUUUAGAACAUUGUCAUGUCAGACACAUACUGAAUCAUGUACUGUUAAAAAUUUAAGGUUGAUGAUGAGUUUCCAGAUUUAAAUGUCUAUGAAUAUAAACUAAGUAAAGCAGGCAAAAUUAUGCCUUACAUAUGUGUAAUUUUUCACUUGGCCGUUGUUUGAAAUUUUGUUGGGUAAUGUUUAGCUAGUGUAAAUAACAAAUACUUUCCUCCUUUUUUCUACAUGUAAAUACAAAUAAUUGAAUCACAUUGAUUGUUUUUGCAGGUCUUGAAGUCGACUAUGCUGCAUCAUUUCCUUGCCUUCCUGCAGGCAGGAUCACCAUUAGAGUAUUGAUUUUAUUAUGGACAGGUGAUUACCCUGCACAACAUGAGGUUGGAAAGUUCAUCAAACAUGGGAUAUUGCCAUGUCGUAGAGAUAAACUGAAAGGUAAAUUUGACAUAAUUGCAUAUAAUGAAGAAUAAUAACAGAAUAAUACAUACAUAAUAAUGAAGAAUAAAAAUUAUUGCAAAUUAUAAAAUAUUGUCAAAAUUAAGUCACUGUGCAAGUAAUUUAUUAGAAUAAUGCUACCUCUAUCAUCACGGGCAAAUUAAAACCAAAGUAAAAGACUUAAGGAAGGUCUAAGCAUUUUUACAUUGUGUUUUACAUAAAAGAUGCUCAGAUCACUUGCUAAUUCUACUGUGUCUAAUUUGUUCUCUUAAAUUCAACAGGAACCAUAAAUCCCGAGGGUGGGAGCACAUACUACUAUGGUGAUAAUAGGUACCAUGCCAAAUAUCCAUGGGAGGAAAGAAAGUUGGAAGAGGCUUUGCCACUGAUGACAGAUAUUAAUCAGGAAGACCGCAAAACUGUCAGAGCAAGCAAAAGUCGAACCAGUGGAUACACUGGAUUAAGCAUUCUUCAUCGAUUACACAAACUUUACGGAUUCAGCAUCUUCAAAGAUCUUGUUUAUGAUACAAUGCACAACCUCCCAACUAAUGUCAUUGCAUCACAACUCAAGGAACUCAUUGCAUCUGAGAAGAUUGACAGUAAACUUGUUGCCCAACGACUGAAGGCCUUCCCUUGGACAGCAGGUUUGUGACCUAGAAUAUUAUUUUCAUGUGUAAAUGCAUGAAAGUAAUAUUAUAACAGUAAAUUCUUUAUUACUUUUGGGCACAAUAUUGCUUUAGGUGCAAAGUCAGUGUGUUUUUUUUUUUUGACAGGUUGUAUUGUACGAUAUAAAUGCCUCCCUGCUACAUACCCUAGUCCUUUGAACAACAAAGUUUAUAUUAUUUAAUUUACAAGUUUUUCAAAACAUUUUUUUACAUUCCUGAAAUCUUUGUUAAUUGUUUGUAGUUUGGGUUAGUCAAUCACCUGACAAUUACUUUAUUUAUGUUCAUGUAUCAUACAUCUGUUACUGUCAUUAAAGUGAUUGAAUUAAUAAUACAGUAAUAUUAUUAUAAUAAAUAUUUUAUUCCUUGUGAAUAAAAUGAUUAUAAUAAUUAACAGGAAUUAGCUGCUGUCAGUGGUGCAAAAAGAAAAGAAAAAUCAAUCACAAUUCAACAAUUUUUCACUGUCAAAUUAUGAUUUUAUAGAACUUAAAGAUGGAAGACUUCCCACUGGUAUUGAUUCACGUUUGGCCUUCUGGAAGGCAGAAGAACUUCAUAAAUUCGCCUUUCCAGCAUCUGAAGUAAUGUUUGCUGACCUACUGGAGGACAUGGACUAUCACAUUUGGCAAUUGACAGUAAGGAUGAAUGAACUGGUCUUCUCUAAAAGAGAUGGUUGGAGCCUUGAGGAUGCCCACCUUUUCUUCAAAUUAGCUAGCCGAUAUUUGAUCCUCACUGAGGAGCACAGAGGAUUCACUUCCUGUGUAGUCACAGAGCAUAAUCUUCUCCACAUUUCCAGUGAUGCCCUUCGUUUUUCACAUCCAGACAAUUACUGGUGCUUUCCAUUUGAAAGGGCUGUAAGGAGAUAUGUUACUACAAAGUGCAACUUUAAGAACAUUGAGUGCACAUUUGCAAGGAAAGAAGCACGGAGAGAACUGCUACAGCAUCUAUCAAGGUACUUCGAGGGUCCUCCCAAACCGUUCAAAUUAUCUCUUGAAAAGGUAACUUGGCCUUUAUUUAGUUAAUAUAUGUAACAAUUAUUUGUCAAAGGCAAAUUUAAUAUACAAUAAUAGUAAGUAACACCUGUAUGAAUGUUUAAGUUUGUGGUUCCAGAAAAAAUUCCACCUAAACCCAUAAAGAACCACUCUAAAUUCCAAGGGUUUUUUUUUUGUGGGGGCAGGGUCUGUUAUCUAUAAAGUAUGAACUUUAAUUGAAAUUUCCAAAGGGAAGGAAGGAUUUAAACCAAUUAACCCUUUCAUGUGGGAGAUCUUGAUAUUUUCUACAACAAAACACUUUCAUGAUUUGAAGAUUGAACUUGCACUUGCAUCACGAUCAUACACAGCCAAGGAUACAAGACUUUUUUUAACUUUAAAUUUAACAUCUAUGAUUGUAGUCAGGUUUGAGACCUUUAGUCAAUUAUGUUUUGUCAAUUUUUCUGGUCAAUGUUUGGUGAAUUUAUCUCGCUUAGAUGAAAGCUUGUUUUUUUGCAGAUGAGUGCAACCAGUUUGAAGGUGCAAGGCAUCUGAUGAAAAUUGCUAACAAUUCUGCUCAUCAUAUAAACAAUAGCAACAAGGGAAUCCUUGUAGGUGGUUCUGACAGGAAUGAAGUUCAUUUAUCACUACAAGAAGUGAAUAUGAUAAAGUCAUUUUUGGCCAGCUCAUCAAGUGGCAAUCGUGUUCCAGAACUUGCUUUCGCCUACAAAAGCCUCCUCAAGCCUCAGCAAGGAAUUGAAGGUCAGGGACUUUUAUACAGAAGUAGAGAGCACGCUUUCCUUGAUGUGGAAAGUCAAGGUCCUUCAGUUGUCUUUAUUGAAAGAUUCCUGUGUUUGGAAAUUGGAGGAGAGUAUCACAAAUUUGUCCAAGGCCAGUUUCUUCCUAGUAAGCUUGAUGAAAAUGGAAACAUUGUGAUAUUUUCUGACACUGGUUUUCCUAUUCUAUGCAAAGAUAGCCUCCCUAAAAUGGUUAUUCAACCCGUAACAUGUAUUUUGAGAAAGGUUAUGGUUGUUUCCAAUCCUUUUGAGCCCCAAGAGUCAGUUGUUAUUGACUUUAUGAGGAAGAGUAUGCCAUUGUCUGAGCACGAUAUUGUCGUUCCGUUUUACCCUGAGCGAGGAGAUAUGGUUUUGAUCAAUGGAACUGAUCCUGAGCCAUGGCUUGGAGAAGUAAUGACUGUGGAUGUAACUAAUCAACUUGCUAAGGUCCGAUAUUACAUCAGAAAUGGGGAAAGAGAAGUUGGCUGCAUUCUUGUUGAUGUAUUUGUCUCUGAGAGAAAUGCCUGUUUAGACCAAGUAUCCUGGAAUGCAAUUGUGUGUGCGGCAAUUGGAGAAUGGAAUGGGAACACUUGGGAAAUGAUGCCUUUUAUGUAGAUAGCAUGUGCUCAAUAACUGUCAGCUUAACAACAAAAUACUUUACCUGCAGUAACACCAUAAUGACAGAUGUAAUUAAUCCCCUCUAAGGAAUACCAGUACUAGAAUUUUGCAUUAACAAUGUUAAUUUAUGAUACCAAAAUGUAGUCAUUACCUCUUUUAUUAGAAUUGCUGGAUUUGUUGAUGUACUGUUCCAUCAGUGGCUAAAGCAUUUAGUUGGAUGGGUAAAAUACCAAUAUUGUUGGGAAAUGGUUUAUACCAAGAAUGGUUUUGGGAGAAAGAAUCUCAAAAUACAAGCAUGGUCUUUGGAAUUCACAUGAAUGCUUUUAAAGUUUGACACAAACCAUUUAUGUUUUAAUCCUUACAUUAAUGGUUUUUCAACUCAUGGAGACAAACCAUUAAUGGUUUAAAGCAUCAUUAACAUUUGUGUUCUUUUCUAAUAACAUCAAUGGUUUGUACUGAUGUAUUAUCCCAUAAAUGUUUAAUGGUGUUUACAUAAAUGGGUAACAUAUAAACAUUGUUGGGAAUUGAUUACACCAAGAAUUGUUUUGCAAAAAUAAAAAAAACACAUUCAUGGUAUUUUAAAACCACAAUAAUGAUGUAUUAUCACAUUAGUGUUUAAAGAUAUUUACAUAGAUGGGUAACAUAUAAACAUUAUUGGGAAUUGUUUACACCAAGAAUGGUUUCAUAAAUUACACAUUAAUGGUAUUUUAGACCCACAACAAUGGUUUUAUUAUGUAUGAAAUACCAUUCAUGGCUAUUACUGUAAACCCAUCCAUGACUGCUAGACUGUUUAUGUUAAUUGUUAAAAAAACAUUCAUAAAUUCGAAAUAACAUUAAUGUUUUUCCACUUAAAAAAAUUAAUUCCCUAUAAAAACCAUUAAUGGUUUUUAACAAUGAGUGGGAAUUUCAAAAAAACCUUUGAUGUUUUUUUGCAAUUUUUUCCUGUGUAUCUACUUACCUAUCUACCUGCCCACCUACCUAUCUACCUACCUACCUACUUACCUACCUACCAGUACCUAAUUACUUACCUACUUAUCUACAUGUACCUACCUUCCUACCUACUUAUUCACUUACUUAAAUACUUAUGUACUUACCUACCUACCUUUGUACCUACCUACCUUUAUACUUACCUACCUAUCUACCAACCUACCUAGGCCCUUGGCUUCUAUUGAAGCAAAGGCCGUCAACAACACUCCUAUACUAUUAUUUCUUUUAUGGUAAUUUUCCCAUCAGAACCUCACAUCUGGAAGGACACUAACUUUUAUUUCAUGGAUACCUAACAGGGCUGUUUAGCAAAAUGAUUGAUGAUGGCUAUAUUCACUGGAAUCUUUUGCGACACAUGCUUAAGGCUGGUCUUGUAGACAUGGCAGAAAAACUUGUUACUGAUCUGAGGUGGCUGGCUGCAAAGCUUAGAAUAACAGGACCUGCAGAUUUACUGAAUGACUACAUGUCCAUCAAAGGAGUUGUUGAUAACAAGGUGCUGUCAUUAAUGACAUACAAAGAUGUACAUCUGAUUAGAAGCCCCCUGGUUUUAAUCCUCCUUCCAAAUGUAUUGAAAUGAAUUCAAGUUAUUAUCGUGUUUUGAAGCUUAAUUUGAAAAAAGGAAAAAUAUUAGGAAAUGCAAAAUGUAUUUUGAUAAGCCCCCUUUGGAUAUAAAGCCCUCCUAAAUCCCAUAGGCUUUUGUAUAAGCCCAGCGUUUAUAUAAUGGCAGGUUAAGGCAUACAUGUAUAUUCUCGUCAGAUUUCAGGGUAUACCUUUGUGUGGUAUUGAUGAGGAAAAUUUGUUUAACAGUCAAGAUCUUUACUUGUUGAUCUUUUUAUUUUUUCUUCCAACUAUUAUGUUUGAUUCAUCAGUAUUGCUGUAAGGAGAAAUUUAAUUUCGGUCACUCUGAAUUAUUAGUCAAAGGGUUUGAUACAAACUAUCAUAAAAGUACUUCAUGAACUUAUUGAAGUUCACAAUUUUUCUCUGGAAAAAAUCCAACAGUUUUUUUUCCUUGGAUUAGGAUAUGUGAACAGGUUUAAGGGAAAUUAUGUGGGUGUCAUACCAAGUGUAAAACAAUUGGCUGUGCCUCCCUUUUGGAUUCUGUGAAGAGGUGCUCUUACAUAUGUAAGCAAACUGGCAUUAAUUUUAGCACUUUUGGAUAAAUUAAGUUUAGCUUCUAGAAAUACAUAGUUGAAAGGAAGGAAAUAUUUUAGCACUGAUACAAUUCAUUCAUGAUCAAAUUUUUAGGCAUUGAAAGUCAUAGAAGAUUUCCAUCAUUUUGUGAGUGUUAAUGCGCAUCGUUUUGUUGAGAAACCACUUCCUGAUUUGAUCCAGAUGGCUCUGAGUGAAUCAUUAGACUCAGAGGUGUACAAACAGGCUCAAGAACAAGCGACGCAGCUGGCAGCUGAGGGCAAUUUCUUUCUAGAUUGGAGGUGAGGAAAUAAUAUUUUAGUUUUUAGUACAGUGUACUGUAGUUUGUAACAGCAAUGAUUAACAAAUUCAAUUUUAAAUAAUUAAUUCAUUUAAUAGCCAAGAAUCUAUGAGGUGAGGGGGGUAUAUGCGUGUCUCCCUAAGUGUUGCGCCUUAACGUGCUUGGGAGGUUGUAUACCUAUUGUUGGUGGUUGGGUUCAACCAUGUAGGACAGGUUUUGGGUGGAAGGCCAGACAAAUUCUAAUGCCUGGUCCUCCAGGCUGGGAAUUAGGUGAUGAGUUAAUAUCCCAUCGCUGAAAAAAUAUCAUAACUGAAACCAGACAGAAGGAAAGGAAAAGUGUGGAGGCCUUAUAUGUGUAACAGAGUUAAAGAGGUGAGGUGAUUGUGGUAUGCUUGACUGGGCUUGACUGAAAGCUAAUGUCCUCUGAAACUAUUUGUUUGUCAUUAUUCCUUUUUGUUUUUGUUCAGUAAUCAAAGGGAAGAGUCACAGGAAACUCUGCUUAUAACUGUCAAGAUUCAUCAAGGAGCAGUUUACUGCUGCCAUUUCUCACAAGAUGCAAGCAAAGUGGUAUCCUGUGGUGCUGACAAAACUGUCAAGGUAUGCACAGGCAUCCCAUCAUAACACUUAAAUUGCAUUUAUAACUGUAAACAAUAGGUUAUUGUCAAAAUAUUUCAAAAAGAGCUUAUUGCUUAAUUGGAGAAUUGGCUUCUCUUAGGGGCUGGUUCUUUCAGAAAUAGAUGUAAAAUACAUUUUUUAUUGCAAAAUACAAAUGAUUGAAGAAAACUUUGCAGCGAAACAACAACUGCAGCUUGUGGUUCCAGAUGAGAUGUCAUCUCUGUGGUAUGUAAGAGUACAGACAAUAGAAAAAUGUUGUAUAUGUCAUUAAAUACACUCGGAAUAAAUAAAAAUAUUAUUAUUACAUGUCUGGACCACUUGAACCUUGACUAAGUGAGUGAUCAUCAUCCUCUGUUUUGUUCAAGGUAUGGGAGAGUCAUUCUGGUAAAGAACUGCUGUCAAUGACAGGACACACUGAUGUGGUGUACUGUUGUAACUUUUCCAGUGAUGAUGGUAGAAUUGUUUCUUGUUCCGCUGAUCAUACAGUGAAGGUUUGUAUGCCCCCAUCCCAAGUCAUCAUUAAUGUCACCAUAAAUUAUUUGCUAUGGUUUGUUCAUAUCAUCAUCAUCAUCAUCAGCAGCAGCAGCAGCCCUAGCAUCCCAUAAUCACCAUUAUCAUUGUCACAUUCAUUAUUGUCAAAAAUUAUCAUCAUGAUUUUCAUCAUCGUCAUCAUUUUUUCAACCAAUACUGUAGUUCAAACAGUUUUGAUAUAACUCAAAGUAUUUUUAUUUGACAAAAAAUAGUCAAAUUUCUGUUAGUUCUGAAAAGAUGUUCUUGUUCCUAAUCCAAGGGAUUCUGGAUUAUAGGGUCAACUUCCUUAAUGUAGCUAUCUAGAAAAUCUCAGAUCUCUCAAAAUUGCAGUCUUGACAGAUAAUGGAAUUAGUCAUGUCAGAAUAAUUCUUGCAAAUUUCUAAGACAUUUUGAGAACUGUAAUGAACAGUAAGUUACAAGGCGGAAUGUCACUUUGUCAGUCAUUUCUGAGACUGCCUGUCACCAAGCAGGUUAGGAAAAAAUGUCACUGUUGCAUUUUAGCAGAGGACAAAAUGUUGCUUUUGGUUCAGGAAUUAUUGGAAUUAUUGUUAUCAACCUUUCUCCUUUGAGGGACCAUUCUUGAACAAUACCAUAAUUAAAAAAUGUUCCAAAGAAAGUAGCAAAAAAUUUUUGGAAAUAACAGAAGGGAGUUUGUUAUUUCACUGCCAAAACAGGCCAAAUGCAAAAGUGAACAGGUGUCGCUUUUACUACUUAAAAUAGAUUGUCACUGUGACAAUAAUUAUUCUUCUCUCCUUUUCUGUUGAUUGUCUGUGUUUUCUGGGAGGAUUGUUGCCUGUCACUUCUACCCCUUGGUAGGCCUCAGUUACAGUGCUUACAUUUUGAGGACAGCUUAACAGGUGUCUUUUGUUUCAUUGCUUUUGUUAAGAUCUGGGACUGCAGUAUAAGUGGAAGAGAAUUGCUUAACUUUAAAGGUCACAAUCAGGAUGUGUUCACUUGCAUGUUUUCACCUGAUGACAGUAAUGUGGUUUCCUGCUCAGCUGACAAAACUGUAAAGGUAUUGUUAAAGUGAAUAUCCUGUACAUUAAUCACCAGGUUCGAGUUGUUCAAAGCUGGGUCAAGAUAACCCAGGGUUAGUGCAAGAUUUGAAUUCAGAUAUGGAAGCUUAAAAAUCAGUUCAAAUUCAAUUCUUUUUCUCUACAAGUUGAUUAUUGGAAGCUUUAAAAAUAACAGAGAAAAUUAUCCGCGAAAAUGCUUUUGAAAACAAGAAAAAGAAACCCGGGUUAAUCGCUAGUCGGCCGUCAAACAGCUGAGCCCAGUAGUACAAUAGAGAUGUUGUUUAGGUGUGUGACAUUAUCUAACCCCAGCUAAUAAUGUCUGCUAGCGGCUCCAAGGUCCUUGUUCUGGGCUCCCAACAGACUCAGCAAAUUACCAGAAGUGCAUUUCAUAUUUCCCUUCAACCUGAUUGGCUAAUUGAACAGUGGCUUUUUUAGCAAGUCAACCAUAGCGCGUACUCAAACUGGGUACACAGCUGGAAGCCCAGAACAAGGAUUUUGGCACUGGCUCGCAUGUGGACUUAACCUGAGGUUUAAUUUUGUCUGUGGCACAGGGUUAGGUGAAAAAAACGCGGAAAUAAGCUGUUUAGGAAAGUACUCAUGGCACUCCUCUCAGCAGUAUUUUCACUGGCUGAGGAGAACAGAAUUCUCCUUGAUUAUUCAUAUGGCAAACUUCAGCCACGUUUGUCUUCCGCCUGUACUGUAGGGUUAAUUGACGUGUAUUUUCUCACGUACGUGGCGUUUAACGUUUACGAAGUCGUUUGCGUGGCUUUCCUGUUACGUAGUUGGUUUGUUUACGCAACAAGACAUAAGCAAACCAACCAUGCGACAGACAAGCCACGUGAACGACUUCGUAAACGCUAAAAGCCGUGCAAAAGAGAAACCUCUGCUCGUUUUCUGUCCUUGUCAAUUCUUGAACAAACUCACGGUUCAUAUAAUUGUGCAAAUAUUUAAGGUGUGGAACAGUGGAACUGGAGAAGAGAUGGUGACAUUUACUGGUCAUGCAGAUAUUGUAAGAUGCUGCUGUUACUCGCCUGAUGGCUCAAGGAUUGUUUCCUGUUCUGACGACACUCUUGUUAAGGUUUGUGGAGAUGUUUUAAGUAAUAUAUCAAACAUGAGACGCAGUGUUUCAUCACCAGAUGAAACACCGAGAAGAGAGUUGAAAAUACGACGCACAGCGGAGUAUUUUUGACGAACUUCGAGGUGUUUCAUUUGGUGAUGAAACACUGUGUCGAAUGUUUGAUAUUUCUUCUCAAACAAAAUCAUUUUUGAAGGAGAAAUGAAGGAUGCAAAUACUGAGCAGUUUUUCAUCCGAUUUCCAAACACUCAUUAAACAUUAAUUUUCUUUGUAUUUUCUUUAUGAAUUAUUAAUGAGUUUGAGAAGGUAUCAUCCAGGGUAAAAAUUCAUAUCGUUUCCUAAAUUGCAAUUUUUAGAUGAGUAGAUAAGAUCGUUGGGGACUAUUUUUUAAAAAACAAUUGCAAGAAAAUGUUAUCUGCGGAGACAUUAGGCCAUUGAGUGGGAUACUAAAAGUGAAGCUGUACAAGUAAUAUAAAUGUGUGUAGAUUGUGCUUUUUAAGAUGUGCCCACCAAGAGACAUUCAAGUAUAAAUUACUUUUUGUUUCUAGGUCUGGGAUUCUUUGUCUGGACAAGAACUAUUUUCUCUCGAAGGUGGCACAAACUCUGCCAUGACAUACUGCUGUUUUAAGCCUACUGGAUGUAGCAUCGUUGGAGUCUCGGAUACUUCUGUCAAGGUUUGGUAUUAAAUAUUACAAGUAUUCUUUUUAUUUAUAAUCGUUAUCUGCAAAUUCGGUUUACGGUCAUCUCGCCACCGAAGAAAUCGCCACCAAGAAAUCGUCUCGCCACCAACAAAUAAUUUUGUAUUAAUUGACACAGUUUAAUACCUAGGAUUACUUACCUAGGAGUUUAACUUUUUCGUCAAGCUUAUUCAAAUUUAGAGUCGACCCAAAUACAAAUCUGUGGAUCCUUGCGUCGAACGUCUUAUGCUCUUGAUAAUGCAAAUACUAAUAUUACAUGUAUAGGUUCUGUGAAUGUAAACUUCAACAUUUGAGAGAUUAAAAAACUGGUAGAAACGUUUCACAACCACGACUCAUUUCUUUGAAAUAUAAAAAUAAAGAAGGUUCAAAACAAUGCUAAGCUAAGUUCUAUUUUUUGUGGCGAGGUGACCAGAAACCGCUAAUUCAAGCCAUAGAUCACAAUGGGAAAGACAGCAGUUAUAUCAAUAUUGGGGUGAAUGUAAAGUUUUGCCAUUUGAAUAAAAGCUAUACCUUAUCAAGGGAGAUAAAUGCAUCGUGAAAUUAUCGCAAAAAAUUUGUGUCAAUUGUAGCCUUAAUUUUUGGCAACGUUAGUUUUCGCGACCUUAAUUUCCAUUAUUUUGGCCCCAAAUUCUUGAUGCACUUCAGCCACUCUUGACACCUAAGAAAGACGGGUAUUUUAUCAAGGUGGAGAUCCACCAGAAUCAGUGAAACUCUAAAGAACUUUCGAAGUGGCCAGAUUUCUUCGCUUGACUCCCGUCGUACGUUUAGGGAAGGUAUAGCAAACAAAUUUUUCAUUUCAGAUUAUUCGCUUAAUUCUGUCCCUGUGUUUUGUCUCAAACAAAUUUGUUUCUUUGUGAACAUGGCGUUAAUUUUCUUUAUUUUCUGAGAGUCGUUUGCCAUUAAAUUUGUGUUAACUUAAGCCGCGGUAAUUCAGUGAGUUCCAAGGUGAUACCUUAAUUUCAUGGGUCAAGUAGUAGGUAAAUGCCAUCUUCUUUGUUUGCAUUUUUGUUUUAGAUAUGGGACUCAACAACUGGUCAAGAAUUAAAGAGCCUCCAGACACCAUCUACAACUCUCUCUUUGGCUUAUUCUCAAGACGACAGCAUUUUGGCUUUGGGCCUGUCUGACACAACUGUUCAGGUAUUUUGUUAUCCUCUUUACAACUUACUAUAAAUUAUUGUUACCACUUUUCAAAAAGGUUAGCACAGUUGCUAUAGAUCCUACAGCAUCUCACGUAGAUCUACUGGUGAGGAAGCCCUAAGAACGUCUGUGUUGGCAAGAUUUUUAAGCAGGGGUUGGAGCUGAGGGGAGCAAGGGGGGGGGGGGUCGGUGUUACACCAGCAUCAUUAUUGAGUUAAUGUGUAGCUCUUGAAUUUGACGUGUUUUAAAGAUCAAAGGGAUGUUUUUGUGCAUUUAUCUUUUUUUUUAUUCUAUCUUGAAGUAACCUGUUACCCAAGUGAAACAUGCAAGUGUGGAUGGGAAGCAGAUGGCCGUCUCCACAAAUAUCUUGUUAAAUCUUUUUGAGAGCAUGUUUUCGUGGGUGCUGGCAGGGUUUUAAAAGCUCAUAGGAAAGCCAAGAUUAGGGUGCAUCCCCCUUUGUCUAAACGCAAUAAACAGAAAGUGUUCUAAAGCGGCCUAACCUUUGAACUGUGUUUGCCAAUUUCUUGUGGUUCUGUGAUCAUGUAAGACCAGGGAGGCCUGUGAGUAAUGCACUGUUUCUUGUUUGUUUUGGUUUUCCUGCUAGCUGUGGAAUGCCGUCAGUGAAGCCAGCUUGGGUGCGUGCAGAGGUCAUUCUGGUUGGGUACACUGUGUCGCCUUUUCACAGGAUGCCUGCAAGCUGGUGUCAGCAUCAGAUGAUGAAACUGUGAAGGUAAUGAUCAGUGAUAACUGAACUGUCUAUUACUGCCGGCCAGGAGGUAAAGUGGUGUAACGCCCUUUUACAUGGACAUCAAGUUACCCUGGGUACCAGGGGUUUUUUCUCGCCUGUGGCGGGAUGCUUCGGGGCUGACAGAUCUUCGUAAAGACUUGACCGAAAUCGGAAACCACGCAUGAAAAGUCUCUGGCACUCAGGGUAACAUCAAGUUCAAUCUUUCGUGAAUUAUAUCAAUCAUUGGAUGAGGCCAGAAACUCAUAAGGGGUUGAAACCCCUUAUGAGUUUCUGAUGAGGCUGAAUAUUGUGCGAAGAAUUGUUUCCGACAAAACAGUUCCCGAUCGGCAGUCUCAGGAAACUAAGAAAUGUUUUUCUUUUAGGUAUUCAACAAAAUGUAGUCGGCCUCCUUCGAGGCAGUAAUUACCUAAGUUUUUGAAAUCUUCCAUCAAUUGUCUCAAGCUGUACUCUGUUAAAAAUCUGAAUCUGAUCCCUCUGUGUGUCUAUUUUUGUUUGAUACAAUAGAAUGCCAACUGAACUGCAAAGUGUUUGUUCAACAGAGACCUGAGCAGGUUUAAUUGGGCAUCAGUUCUGGCCCUGGAGAAGACUUGUUCUCAUUAUCAUUUUCAUCACCAAUUUUGUUUUCUCGUGAAGUGCAGAACCAUUAAAAAAAACUUGCCCAGCUUGACUUCCUUUGACCAUUGAUAUUACAAGGAUAUACUGUGUACUGUAGCAACGUUUACUUGUUCUGAAGGUUGUUUGUUUCCUAAUGACUGUGGCGAUUGAGUUGGUUCUGUUUUACCAAUUUUUUGUUCUUUCUCUGUCUGUAGAUAUGGACUGUUGACAAAACUACCGUUCAGGGCUCUAUCAAGCUGAGAAUGGUUUUUGAUGUUUUAUUUCUGGAUGGUUCGCUGAUUAUUGCCAUAACUGAUGCUUGCAACAGGCUCAUGGUAACAUUUGCUAUUACAAUGAAUGCGUUAAUUUAAAAACUGUCAUUGAUACUUAGGGUCCUUACCAGAAGUCAGAAAAUGCCAGGCGGACUGUCAGCCGGACUGGUAUUCAAGAACCUAUCAAAUAAAUCGCCCCAUCCAGAUUCUGGAAUCUGGGAAAUUUCUGCUUGUGGAAUCUUGGGACCCCGGGGGGCGGACUCCCAUAUAAAAAUGACGGGGAUGCUCGUCGGAAAAUUAAAAUUAAACCCCUAAGGGAGACCAAUGUGGGUGUGGCUUAAGCUUAAACUGACCCCUAAAGGAUACCACACAAAAACACCUAUAUCACGGCAUUUUCUUUGUAAAUUUCUUUAUGCACAGCCCUAAGGGAUACCUGACUGGGCAAAUAUAGUGACUUUCCGUCCCAAACACCCCAAAUGAGAUCGAAAUUUGCAAUUUACAUCCCUAAGCGAGACUACAGGCAUCUCCGUCACUUUGAUAUGGGAGUCCCGCCCCCCCCCUCCCCUCCGUCUCUAGAGAGAUCUAUGUCAUUUGGACGGAAAGUAACAUAAUUCCAGUGCACAAGAUCCAAAAGGCUUUUGUACUUCACUAGUACAAAAGCGCAACAUAAAGUUUGUGUAAUUUUCCCUUUUAGAUAUACGAGGGUGAAAAUACCAAGUUUCUGGCACAAAGUGAACCACACGCAUGUAAAAUCACUAGCAUUAGUUUCAAUAGUGAUGGACGGCAAGUUGCGAUCGGCUUAGAUGAUGGUAGCGUUAAGGUAAAAUUCUUUUCUUUUCUUUUCAGUUCAGUUCUUUUCGGGGGUUUGCAAGCUGUUAAACAUGAAUAGUGAAAAUUCCCGUAUUAACCCCUUCCCUCCGAAAAAACUCUCCCUUUUUCUCUCCGCUCAGCUUUGUUCUUGGUCUGCAAACAUGUAAUACGGCGGUCAUGUUGGUGGUCACUAUACUGAAUUUUAUUUUUCGAAAAUUUACGUGAAAAUAGAGUUUAGUUCCCAGCGAAGAGAAAUGCUGUCGUUCUUGAUCAUCAACAUGGCCGCCGUGACGUCACGCGAAGCCAGCAAUGCUCUGUUGCACGGAAGGUAACAGAGCACUCAGCCUGUACUAAACAUUGUGAUGAGUCGUAGAAUUCAGAAUGUUGUGCAGAAUAACAGCACAACAUAGACUUGGCACAAGAGUACACGGCACAGUACACGAUACGUUGUCAUUACGAUCUGCCAGUCUUAGUUUUGACAAAGGCUAUUAGGAAUAUUUAAAAGAAAACUCAUUCUAAUUGAUUCAUGAAUUGUUCGUUUGAGAAGUGUUAUUGUACCAUCUGCUUGUUUGUUUACUUUAACGGUUGGAGUUAAAGCUUCAAUAUACGGUAAAUUAGGAUUCUUUCCUACUGGAUAUUAUAAAUUGAUCAUACAUGAUAACUCACUCCCUAAGCUAGCGAUGAGUUUCGCUGAUGUCUUGUUUUAGUUAGUCGGUUGUUUCCUACCCUGCGAGCAUAGGCCCUUCGAUUAUCUAGGAAGAUGGAAGGGCCUCUGCUCGCAGGGUAGUUGUUUCCUGAAAUCUUAGGUAGAAUUUCCCCUUCACGAGGUAAAUUUGUGAGUAGAAUACUUAUAGUAAUUUUUUAGUAGCCUUUUUUCAUGAUCUCAUUUUCAAAAAACAUUUUUUUUACAUAGAUUUUGGAGAAAUCUUCUUGUAAAUUCAGUCAAGAGUUUCAUGACCACUCAGGUCGUGUGAAGUGGUGUGCAUUCAGUAAAUGUGGUCAAGUUUUAGUAUCGGUUUCGGAUGAUUCCACUGCAAAGGUAACUAUAGCUAUAACACUGGUAAAAAUAAAUAACGUAGAACAAAGCGAACGACAACACUGAUGUUUCUUUUUUUUCAAUGUUAGGACCUCAGGUCUUGUAAGAUGCAAUUUGCUUUUUUGUUGCUUUUGUUUUAACGGUUUUAUCCCAGUUUUUAUCCACGGUCCAACUAAUAUAUACCAAGAAAAUCGACCCUGUAUUCUGCAGUUAUGCCCGCAGCUAAAAGUAACUUUGUAGUCUGUGUAUAAAUUCAGUCUGAACAAACAUUUAGUACUGGUGACAAUUUACAAUGAACGUCUUCGCUUAUUAUGUAGGUUUACAGUUGUGUGGAAGGACGACUUCUGUUCUCACUAGAAGGCCAUACUUCCAGUGUUCAAAGAUGUAUGUUCUUUAAUAAGGACCAUCGACGCCUGCUUACGUCUUCUCUAGAUGGAUCACUUAGGGUAGGGACUGCUAUUUUGUACUAUUUAAUUCAAGAGAACAUUAAAAAUCCAUUCUACAAAAUGGCCCGAAAGAAAGCCACUCGAAAUCCAUGUGACGUAAGGCCAACUUAGCCUGUGUACAGACGUCCCCUCCUCCCUCAGGAAAAAAUCGGGAGAGGAGACUUAACCCUGACUUGAAGCUUUGGUGCGACAUUAUUAAUUUAAGAUUAAGGACUAAACCACCAAUUAAAGCUUUAGCCUGAUAUAAUUUCCAUAUAAUACAGGGUGGCUAAUACGGUUCUUCAAUCUCGUCAUCCUGGGUUAAACUUAACCAUCUUUCGAGGAACCGGGCCCUGCAGUUCCCAAAGAUUCCUUUAGGGAACAAAGUCGAGUGCCAAGUAUUGAAUUCCAAAUGUCAUUCCGUAGAGUGUCGAGGAACAUUUUUUUUGAAAUUGGUCACGGUGAACGAACACGGUGACAAGGGAUGAAACGAGACCUGCGUCAAUCCCUUCAUUACCCAGCCAGCCCAUGGAGCCCACUCCAUCUAGGGUAACGGAUGAAGGAAAUCUCCCGUAAUUGGACAUGAGUCCCAACCACAUACAAACAGUACGUUUUCAACCUUCUUGCAAAAGUCUAUAUUUCUACUGGACUUCUAAAAGUCCUUUAUUUUUUUCCCUGGUUGGUUAUGCCAUUUUAAAGGACUCUUCAUACCUGUUUGUGUAGGUAGUAGCAUGAUUUGUAGUGAUGUUUAGCAUGAAUACCACGAGCGAUAUUUCGAAAUUGUUAUACGUAAUUUCACGAGCCGCUAGGCGAGUAAAAUUUGAGACAAUUUUGAAAUAUCACGAGUGGUAUUUAUGCCAAAUAUCACGUACAAAUCAUGCUAUUAUUUGUUUAUACUACUACCCACAAAAGGGUUGUAAUUUUCACAUGUAGGUAUUUCAAAUUAAGUUGAAAUACCACUGCUCUAAGCCAAUCAAAUUGCAGAAAUUUCUCACGUAGUAGUAUAAGGCGCGAAAUUCGCCGGUCGAAAAUUCUACCGGUGACGUCAUGACAAUUGAGCAAUAGGACAGUGAGCGAUAUUUCACGUUGCUCCCGACACAGCAUAUGUCAAUCAUUUUUUCCCGCGUAAAUUUAUAAUGUUAUUCAAAUCAAUUCAGGCGAAACAAGUCGAGCUUGAGACUUCGUCGCUCGCUGGGUUGCUGCGCGACCUCAUGUUUUGAAGCUCGUUUCAUUCGCUUUUAAGAACUUAUGAGAGGUCGACUCGUAGUAAGUCUAUAUUUCUACUUCCUUGUUUGACUUUCUGCAUACCCUUUAUAUUAAAUCCAGUCAAACUGUGGUUAAACGCUAACCUGAUUGCAACAGAAUUUCAAGAGAUAAUCCUGUCGUGGCGUUCAGUUGAAAGGAUGAAGCCCUGGCUGCAUGGCUUUCAGUGCCUCCUGGUUGGUGCCUAUUUCCUUUAUGUAAACUUAACUUUUACACACGGUUUUCUCUUAAGGUGUGGGAUACACAGACAGGUUGCCUUCAGUUUUCCUGUAAGCACAGCAGUAGUGAAUACAUUCUAUCUUGUGAUGUGUCGCAGGAUGACUCAAAGCUGCUGUCAGGAUCAGUGGAUAGAUACGCCAAGGUAAACUACGGAUUAUAAUUAUACAACAAGCUGAGGUGAAAUCCUUAACUUGGUUAUCAUAAUCACAUGCGAAAGAAACUCUGCACUGUUCGACAGGAACGUCGAAGAAUAAAUAAAGCAACGAAAAAGAAUUGGACAAUUUUGCACGUGCAUCGCACUUUUCUGUUAUUUAUUUAUUUAUUUAUUUAUUUUUUGCACAUUUUAAUACGACGUGAAAUGGCGACUUUAAAGUUUUCUUUAGAACGUGGAACGUGCACGUCCAGGAGAAAAAUUUGUACCUGUCUGAAUUCCAUUCCGAAUUCGAAUUCGAUUUUUUUUUAAUUAGGUAGAGAUUUGCAAACAUAAUUUUUGUACUUAUAUGGUCUCUCUUAUUAGAUCUUUACAUACAUUGUGUAUUUUGAUACGGCUUUCAUGUAAAGAACUUUUUAAGUUAUCGAAAGUACCGUAUUGGUUAGUGAUUCAUUCAUUAAACUUGGACGCGGAUUCUCUUCUUUGGAAGAUCCAACUUAUUUUCGUAGAUUUUAAUUCAGUCAGUAAACGACUUGAAAUAAUCGCGAAAAAGUUUGAAAGGACGCCAUGCCAGUUUUUCAGUGAGUUUUCAUUGGAGUCGUUUUAAUGUUGUCGGAACGUAUGGUGUCCGUAGCUACGUCUCUGAAUUUUAUGGCUAAUGCCUGUCCAAGCUAGCAAUUGAUUCCAAAUCUCUUCGUCAAGAUGUUUUCGUGUAACCGUGAUCAAAACCGCCUCGCGCCACAGAAUCUAACAACGUCAGAUAACCGCUCAGUGUAAACACGCAGUGUAAUGAAAAUAUGUUUCAUUUGUAAGUAGGCUGAGCAUGUUUCGUUAAGUAUGAACACAACAUAAGUCAGAUUAAAAUUAAAACACUUAUGAGUAAUCCUCCUCCUUCCAUGCUAUGAGAUACUGAAAUGCUUAUUCUAGGCGGCGGGUCUAAAAUACAGGUCACUUUUCACAGGCCAUUCUUAAAAUGUCAUAAGCAGGCUUAGCUCACCUGUGCGUAACUGUUCCAACUUUCGUUAAACUGGCGCAGUGGAAUUCAAAAUACACGUAAGCGGGUAGCUUUUUUGUGUAAUUACCGACACUUACAAACUUAACUUUAAUUUGAGUUAAGUAAAUGGAAAGCAAGCUUCUGAAACUUAACAAAACAAGAACCACGCCACAUGUUUUUCAAGUUCGUCUGCACAUGCGCCGAUUACAAGUUGAGGAGACCUUGACGCGUGGCACGUGCAGCACGUGCAACUCGUGUUGAUCGUGCAGUUUAAAAUCAAAAUACAUAGAUAGAGCUCUCCUGAAUCAAAGGCAUAAGACCCUAUUACAUGAGACAAUAAUUUGCAGCUUUUCUCUCAAUUUAUUUUUGCCGCGGAAUAUCAAGAAACGCUAUCAAAUUUAACACCUCCCGACUUGAAAACGUCUCGCAAUGUUUUUGUCGCCGGGACUGUUGAGAGAAGUUGAACGUAAUUCUACUUAGUGUAAGGUUUGCUGCAACGAAAACGCUACAAGACGUGUUCGUUUUAGGUACUGUCAGUAGGAAAUCCUUUUUACAACUGGUGUUGAAACACAACUGCUAGACAAGUUGAGCGGGAAAAUUUCUCUAAAGAAAGAAAAAGCUAGAUCCCUUCGUGUUCUCUGAAUUCCACUGCGCCAUUCUACACUUUAAGUUUGGGCCAGUAUCUUAGAGCUUAAAAUGUGAUCAAAAGGGAAUUAUCAAUUUAACUGCACACUUUUUUGAAUGUGUUUAGGUUUGGGAUGCUAAUUCUGGAGCUCUUUGUUUCUCCCUUGGGCCGCAUCCUGACUGUGUGAGAUCUGCGUCAUUUUCUAAAGACAACAAGUUCAUCUGUACUGGCUGUGACGAUGGAACAGUUAGAGUAAGUGCAGAGCUGUAACAUUUGGAGAUAUGAGCAAAAACAAUCCAAAUUGAAAAAAAAAAUGUUGAAGUGAAUGAAUAAACCAAAGAGCGAACAAUAAUAUGUUGAAUGAAUAGGCGUCCUCAAUUUUUAAUAGGUAAGUUAAAAAGUAUCUGUUAAAUGAGUAGUUAGGGAGGUAUGUAGUUCUUUUAAGUUUACUUUCGUCGUUAGACAUUUGGUGAACUCAGACGCUAUAUAGAGUUAAAUUACAUUCCAUCUAUACACAUAGCAACUAUAAUGAUGUUACUAUACCUCAAGUGGCAUAAGCUCGUUAAAAGUGUUUGUUAUGGGCUAGUAGGGGUAUUAUGUAAUGUUUUAAACACACUCCUUUGUCAGGUGUGGAAUGUCGCUGAUGGACGAGAACUUGCAGUUUGCAGUAAACACGAUGGAUGGGUAAGCAGUUGCUGGUUCUCAAGCGACAGCGACUUUCUGGUUUCCGUUAGCAACAACAUUAAGGUACGAGUAUAUAUUUUUUUUACUGGAAUAUUUAUUCGUUUGUCACUUGUUGUUUGCUUGCACAGUAUUUUUCCCAAUUUGUCUUGGGUCUUACAGUCGUUCCAAGAGAAAUCGAAGACAAUAGAGACCUUUAGUAUCAGUUUUUUUCGUGGUUGGUGCAAACUGCAAACCUGAAGAUGUCACGUGACCAUGGUCUUGCGGUCACGUUUGCAGUUUGCAGUUCACGUUUGACGGCGGGAAGGCCUUCCAGCGGUAAGUGAGGCAAGGUUUUUUGGUACAGCCUCAUAUUUUAAGGCAGGGAAUAGGUUUCUACACCCACUUGUGAUGUGUUAGUUAGAAUUUGAACUCCAGUCAAUGAUCUCUUCAUGGUUUGUAUGCGAUAAAAGUGAAGCUCUUUGACUUUACGAAAAGUAGCGAACGCCUUGCUAAAAUUCGAAAUCCCGUCAACGUGAAACUGCAGAUUGCGGUUUGCGGUUUCCCAUGAAAAACACGAUGCUAAAGGUCUCUAAUUGUUAUGCCAAAUUUGGGGGGUAAACGAGGUGCAUUAUGGUCUAUGUCAAAAUGGUGCAUUCGCUACUCAGUUGCUAAGUUACAAGCUUUCCGCGCAAAGACUUCCGGAUUGUUUGGGUGGACAAGCGUUAGUUGUGAUAGGUUAAUAACAUCCAAAGGCGACCAUAAACCGAUCAUUGUUUGUAAAUAGGCCACCCAAUGAUCCCAGAAAUCUUUUCGCCGACAGCUUGUACCCAUUCUCAUCGCAGUUUAUGGCAAAGUGAAUUAGUUUUUCUUGUUGCAUAAAUGAAUCCAAGUUAUUUGCUGGCCCCGUAGUCUCCCACGCAGCCGUUUUUGUCACACCAGACUGAAGGAGCGUUGCGUGACCAAGUGGCAAGUGGGAAACUACUGGCCACGAGUAACCGCAAGAACCUCGGCAAAUUGUUCUGAAUGUUAGAAAGUUAUCAUUUGUUUGAUUUUUUUUUCCGUCUUACUCUUUACUCCAGUGGUGGAAAAGAGAUGGCACAUUGUGUCAACAAUUCAACUUGAAGGGAGUCCAGGCAAAAAGUAUUCUGUUAUCGCCUGAUUUCAAGACCUUUGUGACAGUGGAUAAUGUAGGAAUGAUCUACGUUUUGAAGAAGAUUUCUCCAUGAUCUGACCACUGGAAUGUUCCCUAAUAAUGCUUGCAUAACACAAUCAAGUUCGAUAAGAAAUGUUUAGGAUAUACAUAUCGAAUUCGUAAAUAUUAUUGUGCUCCGAACUUGUCAGUCUUUUGAGGAAAAAAAAUUGCUUCGCUAUAACCGGACAUCCGUGUUAAGUAAGUCAAAAAAGUUAAAUUUAUGAAAGGUUUUUAAAGAGCAUUUUGUUUCCUCGAUUUAGUUUGAAGAUCAAUUCUUGCAAUAGAACGAGCCAAAAGUCAGCGUUCUCCAUAUUAUUGUGGAGAAAAAAGAUAGAACUCUUUAUCGUUACAUCGGGCAUAUUGAAUAAAUAAAUUUUUAAGAAUUUUGCGAGGUGUCUAGAGAAGAGAGGCAAGUUCUUGGCGAAUUCGCGAAAAGUUUUUUCGAUACAGAAUGUCAGAGAGGAAAAGCCGAUUUUUGUACCGUGUUUGGGUCAAAAAGAAAAAUGUUCUUUCGAAAAGUAUAUCUAAAUUUAAUUCUUAGUUUUCAAGAAACCAAAGGUCAUUGCUGCAUCCAAA